UUGAUCCCCGGAAUCUACCGACACAUCCGUACACGCUACUCAUUCUCAGAACACUGUCUAUAUCCCUAAACUCUGCAGGAGUGCCGAGAGCGAGAGGAAAAGGAAAAAGCAGAGCGAUCACAGUGGGAGUCGAUCCGAAGCCAAAAGCGCCAAUCCACUGCGUUAUGCUUAAUAUUAUAUAUUUAACAAAUAGAUACAAAAGACCUCCAACAACGUAUUUCUUUCCCUUUUUAUUUUAAAAAAAUAUAAAAGCUUCCAUCCUUCUCCGAAAUCAGUUCCUGGAGGAUGGAAGAGCCGAGGAAAUGUUUAUAAUAGGUGUUAAAAAAAAUAAAAAUUUGCAGAAUUUUUCGAGAUAUAUUGCUGUUCAACGUCUCGCUUGUACCAAUCUGGACGAUUCCCUCACAAAAACGAGAAUUCCAGAUUUGGGUUUGUUCUCUCAAGAUUCACUGAUUUAGCAGAUCCGAGUUCGUCAAUUUUCUAUUUUGGGUGCACCGAAAAUUGAACCUCAAACUCGAUUUUAGCAUUGAUUUUCAUUCUUCAAAAACCUUUGUUCGUCUUUAAAGAUCAUAGGCCAUAGCUAGUGAACAAGGCUCUGGGUCUUCAGUAACUUCGAAAAUUUUCAGCUGGGAAACCUAUGAUUUUGCUUUAAUCCUUUUAAUUUCCUAAGAAUUGGGUGGGAACUAGUUUUUUUAUUUAGGAUUUGAAGCUUGGUUGUUAAGGCAAAUUCAGUAUAAUAUUGAGGAAUUGCUGUGGGAGGUUUUGCUGAUCUGGGGAUAUUUGUAAUUUUAAGAGGGGUAUUUCAAUUAUAAUCAUGUUCUAUGGGGCGGUAGUAUGGGAUCCUUGGCUUAUUGUAGCCCAAAUUGUUUGCCUUCAAUGUCUAUAUUACCUUACUCUUGGAGCCUUCUUGUCAUUCCUCGUCGGCACCCGUGUUUCUCGUCUGAGUUUGGUCUAUUUCUUCGACUUUGCUACCAUCACUACGUCCACUGUUACUGGCUGGUGUGUCAUCGCUUCGUUUCUGCUCAGCUCUAUUGCAGGAGCUGGUUACAUGCUUUAUUUGAUUGAAAGGGCAAAAAAGUGCUUGGAUUUUGCAGCUACCCUCUAUAUUAUCCAUCUUUUUAUAUGCCUAAUAUAUGGAGGUUGGCCUUCCUCAAUAACAUGGUGGUUUGUGAAUGGUAUUGGAGUUGCAGUGAUGGCUUUGCUAGGUGAAUAUCUGUGCAUUAGACGGGAACUCAAAGAGAUUCCAAUAACGCGAUACCGAUCAAAUGUUUGACUGCCAAAGUAUCAGAUGCAAAGUAAAUUCUUUGCUUUUCACUGCUACGGACUACAGAGGAGCUGAAUUAUAUACUUACCAAACUGAUCAGCAUCCGGUGACGAGAAAGAACUAGCUUUAGUUACAGAAUCUAGUUUUAGUGUUUCUGGAUAUAAUAUAAGAAGUGUUUCUGAAGAUGAUCGAGAGCAACUAAGAAAAUUUUUGAUAGUGGUGCUGAAGCACAAUUUGAAGCCGGAUCACAUAAGGGUUGGUGAUCAUUUUGUGUUUGAGGGAGAUCUAAAUCAACUAUGGGUGGCUUUAAGAACGAUGGUAUGCUGCUUUCUGGUACUGUUUAUCUGAUUUUAUCUCGGCAUAGUUGCUCUAUAUUACUAAGAGUCAAGUGUGAGUAAUAGAUAUGAAUAUGUGUCUAACACGGGUAUAUCUCAAUCUUUUCUUUCAAGUUUUUCCAUAUUAUAUCCUCAUACCCCAUAUUCAAUAUAGUUGGACAUAGAUAUUUUAAGAAAAA